AUGGCAGGAUUUACAAAGAUAACAACAGGACUAACUGGCCUUAAUGUUGCAAAGAAUCCUCAUCACACAUUAGGAAUUUUAUAUAGUAAGAUUUUAAGAACAUUACAAAAAAUGCCUGAAACUGCUGCUUAUAGGAAGCACACAGAAGAUGUAAUAAAUGAAAGGUCUAGAAUUUUAAAGUCUACAACUGAUGUUAACACAAUUGAAAAACAAAUAGGUUGUGGUCAAAUUGAAGAAGUUAUUGUCCAAGCAGAAAAUGAAUUAUUACUUGCCCGAAAAAUGUUAAAUUGGAAACCUUGGGAACCUUUAUUGAAAGAAGCUCCUCCUACACAGUGGGUUUGGCCACCAGCUCAGCCUCGAUCUUAAUGAAAUUAUAACACGUUUCAUAAUAGUUGUUUUGUAAAUGUUGAAAUAAAUAAAAUUGGAGUAUAA